AUGAGCAAGUAUAAUACCAAUGAGCAGAAAUCUACAAUCAAAGAAGAAGAGGAACCUUUAACGACAGACCAAGAGUAUGAAUUAUGGAAAUCUAAUGUUCCUCUAUUAUAUGACUUUGUUAGUGAAACAAAAUUAGUCUGGCCAUCAUUAACUGUCGAAUGGUUACCUUCCAAUGAAACUACAAACUUACCUUCUAAUGAACAGCGUCUUUUAUUGGGAACUCAUACUUCAGGCGAAGAACAGAAUUAUUUGAAAAUUGCUGAAAUAACAUUACCAGAUCAAAUAAUAAAUGAAAAGACAGAAGAUAACAGUGACAAACAUGUUAAAUCGAAUAUUAGAAUCAUUAAGAAAUUUAAACAUGAAUUAGAAGUGACUAGAGCUCAUUAUAUGCCCCAAGAUUCAACUAUUAUUGCUACUAUUAAUGGUGAUGGGACUGUAUUUAUUUAUGAUACAUCCAUAGAUGAAAAUCAAUCUAAUCCAAUAAUUUCAAAAUUAUCACAUCAUAAGGAAAAUGGGUACGGCCUAGCAUUCAAUCCAUUGGAUAAAGGAAAACUAUUAUCAUCUUCUGAUGAUGGCAGUGUUGCUUAUUGGAACAUUCAAAAGUCCAUUCCCCUCUUGACUUUACAAGAAACAUCGAUAAUCAAUGAUGUAAGAUGGAAUCAGUUUAAUCAAAAUUUAUUUGGUUAUGUAACAGAAUCAUCAUGUUUGAAUUUGAAAGAUGUUCGUAAUAAUAACAAUGAUCUAAAAAUUGUUUCAAACCAUGACAUCAAAACACCAUCUGCAUUCAAUGCCAUGGCGUUUUCUUUCCAUUCAGAAUACUUAAUGGCUGCAUCUGGUGAGGAUUCUCUCAUCUAUUUGUAUGACACAAGGAAUUUAAAUCAACCAUUGCAUUACAUGAGAGGCCACGAAGAUUCUGUCACUUCAUUAGAUUUUCAUGCAUUAAAUGAUGGUAUUGUUAUAUCAGGAGGCUCUGACAAACGUGUUGCUGUUUGGGAUUUGAAACAAAUCGGUCAAGAACAAACUUCAGAUGAAAUUGAAGAUGGUGACGUUCCAGAGUUGUUAAUGAUUCAUGCAGGCCAUAGAAGCCCAAUUAAUGACUUUUCAAUGUCAAAUAAUUUAAAUUGGUUAUGCGCAAGUAUUGAAGAAGAUAACAUUGUUCAGGUCUGGAAAAUGAAUAAUUCAUUACGCGAAGAUCCAUUAGUCAAUAUGAAUGUUAUACGAUAG